AUGUGGUCCUUACUCUUAUCAUUUGCUUAUCGAAAUUAUAUUCUAUCAAAUGGUCCGCCAACAUCAUUCAAACUAUUCAUGUGCGCAGUUCUCGUUUAUAUUCCUUCAUUCAUACAAUUCAUUGUGUUCACUUUCACAGCUGGAGAUCCGCAAACAAUCUUAAAUAUGCUGAAGGUGAAGUUCCCCGAUUAUGAACUUGAUAUAACAACUAUAACUGGAAUAACUGAUGUCUUAUCCCCUGCUGCCACAUUUUCAAUUCUCAAUAUCACGCUUCCAGUAUUUCCAAUUUACACCGCCAUUCUUAUAUUUCGAAGGAAAAUUCUGAAGAAACUCGGCACAAAUACAGAACAUUUGAGAACUGAGACAAGGAAUAUUCACAAGCAACUUCUGAAAGCGCUGACUCUUCAAGCAUGUCUCCCAAUAUUAUUCACCGGUGGUGUAUUUCUAUUCUUCCUCCAAGCAAUUCGACUGAUCACUCAUCCAAUUCUGGAAUGCCUGAUCUGUGCAAUUCCAGCACCAAUACCCCUUCUAUCAUCAAUAAUUUCCCUAUAUCAUAUUCGUCCGUAUCGCCAGGCUCUCCUCCGCCUGUUCACUCGUAUCACGAUCCCAAUGCCUACUACAAAAGAGCAUCAUUCAUCUGCAGUUGUACUUGCUCCAAAACACAAAAUAUCAAUUCUAAGUGCGUCAAGACUUCAUCGAUUAAGUAUACCCAAUAAUUCAUGA